AUGACUAACCUCUCCUUCCAUAGGAAACAAAAAUCAAAGAAUAAAGCUUGUAACCUUGAUUUCAAGUCUGAUUCUGUAUUGGAACUUUUGAAUUCCAAAUCAAAAGUUGCUCCUAGAUCAGGAUUACAAUUUAAAGUAGGUCCCCCUUUUCAAGAUACUAUUCAGGUAUCUCAAUUAUUUAUAAAAGAAUCACAUCAAAAAAUUGUUCCUGUUUUGAAUGCACGUAUUGAUAGAGGUUUUGAUUUGACAAACAAUGAAUGGGUGGGAUAUAAGCGGAACUAUUUCUCUGUAGUUGCCUCAUUUUCAUUUGAAGAGUAUGAGAUCAAUAAAUCUAUUUUACCGAAGAAUGGAUUUUUUAUUGUGUCUGGGGAAAAAGAAUAUCAAGUCAAACAGUUUGCUAUUAGAUUAGUUAGCAAAUCAGUCCAAGACAAUACAGAGAUUAGUUUGAUUCAACACACCGCAAAAAGAGAUCGUGGGCCAAUCUCUGAACCUCCCAUUGUUCCUGUAAUCACGGGAUCUAUUCCCAGUCACAUUGUUGUGAAAGAAGGUUCAAAUAUACGAAAGAUUUCCAAAAUCAGACAGUUUGAUUCGUUAUUUUUCCAAGACUAUAAGACUUUACCGAUAUUACAAAGUGGGUCAAUUCUAAACAAUUAUGAUAAAAACAAAGACUAUGUUAAAGUUGUAAAAUAUGAAAGAAUUCAGUUUUCUUCGGCAAUAAACUGCAAAAAGCAAUCCAUUACUGAGAAAAAACGGUUUAUAUUGCAAAUCCAACUCCUAGCUGCUUUAAGUGGGGAGAACACCUAUGCCAUAAUAGCAAUAUCUAAUACACCAUCCUUGAUAAUUAGAGGUCGCUCACCUUCUUCGUAUAAUAGUCGAGGAGAAGGAAUUGAGCAGUCUCAAAAUACAGAGUGUGAAGAAGAUGUGCAAUCUUUUUUGACAACUACUGCGAAUGACAAGUACACUGUUUACCCUGAAUCACGAGACCUAGGCGAACUUUCCAUAAUGGACAAUCUUUACAAGAAUAAAGAAAACUUUGAGAUCUUAAAAAGCUAUGAUAGUAUGGAUUCUUAUACUAUAAACACCAUAAUGCUGAGCGAAGCCACAGCCAGUAACUGGUUGGAUUGCAGUAAGUUGGAUUUUGAAGAACAUUCGAAACUUGAAUUGCAAGGUGGGUUUCCUGACGUAAAUAUAUAUUCAAGUCCAGGCCCUACACCAGGAUUGCUUGAACAGGAAUCAGACCCAGAACUGCUUGAGCCAAGCUAUUUCUUAAUGAAAGCUAGAACAAAAUAUUUACAAAAUCCAGACAACAUGAUAGUCGGGUGUCAGAAAACAUUUUCAAAUGAAUUUUUUAACCAUAGAAAACAAGCUGCAAAUCUUGCGUAUAAAAUAUUUGAAGAUGGUGUUGAGGAUGACGAGAGUGAUUUAGAUAUCGUUUCUAAGUAUGUGACACCUUCUGAUGUAAUGACAGCUUAG